AUGCGCAGAACUAUUACACUUCUGCUGCUACUUUCCACGGGAGUCCAGCUCCAGCAUAUCGGAGACUACAACAUGACAUUGUUGAGGGCGGUGCUACGGGUCAUUGGCAGUCGGGAGCAAUGGAAGAAUACACCGAUAUUUUAUGGACACCACACCGCAGACGACGAUAUUAACGGGCUGAUGAUUUGGCUUCAACGUGAUAUGCAAGUUACCUGCCACACUGUGGAUACAUCGACUCCAGCCCAUAAACAGAUUCCGCUCGGAAACUUCAAGAUAAUAGCCGACAAUUCAAUCGGUUUGCUCUUCUGCGAGAGUAGCCAGGAACCCAUAUGGCUUAAUCUGGACAGGAGUUUGCGGAAAUUGCGACCUAUACGAUUGAUUGUCGUGCUGUCCAAUACCCGGAGCGGUUCCUACAAUGCCAUGAUGCAAGUUUUUAAACGGUUGUGGCACUUUCAGUUUUUGAAUGUUCUGGUUUUGCACAAAGAUCAGAUAUACUCGUACACCCCCUAUCCGGUGGUGCAUUUCUACAAGCUGGACAUAAACUCAACAUCGCUCUUUCCUCCUGCCACAAAUGAUUUCCAAGGCUAUGAAGUCUCCACUCCAGUGGAAAACGAUAUUCCCAGGGUAUUUUUCAUAAGAGAUCAGAAAACUGGAUGCUGGAAACCCCGAGGAUAUGGAUAUCGUGUCUUUGCAGAGUAUCUCAAGCGGCACAAUGCCACUCUCCGUGUGACUAAUCCCCACCAGGACCAUACACCAAACCAUAGUGUGAAUAUGGGAAAGAUUAUCGAGAUGAUACAUGAUGGCCAAUUGGAAAUCUCCCUGCAUCCGUAUGUGGAUGUGCCGGAAAAUAUAGGAGAUCAUAGCUACCCACUGAUAGUGGCCAGGAAUUGCCUGAUUGUUCCGGUGAGGAACGAGAUUCCCCGCCAUGCCUAUCUAUACCUGCCUUUGAACAGGUGGAGUUGGCUACUCCUUCUCGGCGCAGUGAUUUAUAUAAGUGGCAUAAUAUACUGGAUUCAGCCUGGCCAAGAGCACAGGACCUUUAACCCUCUGGAUGGCAUAAGCCGAGUAUUGUUUAUCAGCUCUCCAUCGAGGAUUUACCGACCGUCCCUGAGGUACUUUGUAGUCUCGUUUCAGCUCACCAUCCUGGGAUUCAUAGUGACCAACAUGUACAGCAUUCAGUUGAGCAGCUUCUUCACCACCCUGGUGGUGGGUGAGCAAGUGGACAGCAUGGAGCAGUUAGUGGAACAAAAGCAAAAGGUCUUGGUGAAACAUUACGAAAUCAGCACCUUUCUGCGGCACGUGGAACCCCGUUUGGUGGACAAGGUUUCCCGGCUUCUGGUGGGUGCCAACUCCAGUGAACAGGUCUCCGCCCUGCUCAGUUUCAAUCGCAGCUUUGCUUAUCCUUUCACCGUGGAACGAUGGGAGUUCUUUUCGAUGCAACAGCAAUAUGCCUUCAAGCCGAUCUUUCGGUUUUCAUCGGCCUGCCUAGGAGCUCCCAUCAUCGGUUAUCCGAUGAGGAGUGACUGCCACUUGCAGAGGUCUCUCAACCUGUUCAUAAUGAGGAUACAGGACUCUGGAAUACUGAAGCAUUGGCUUGUGUCCGACUUUAACGAUGCCCUGAGCUUUGACUACGUUCGUCUGCUGGAUAACGUCUUGGGAUUCCAUGCCCUGGAUCUGGAUGCCUUGCGACUGGGUUGGGCAGUCCUGGGGUAUGGUUGGAUGUUAUCCGUCAUGGUUUUUCUUUGUGAGCGUUGGAGAUUUUAUCAUCGUCAUUAA